AUGGCGACUCCGAAAAGACGCAAGAUCGAGACAUCUGACGGAGCCCGGCCAAUGAGUGCCUUCGCUUUGAGACAGCAACUUCUUUCAGCCAGUCCGUCUUUGUCGCCGGUCCCUCAACCUGAGGCUCAACCGUCUACAGACUCCCCCCAAGCAUCGACACCUACGCCCGGUGGACGAUCUCCGGCGAAGACAAGGUCCUCAAGAAGGAUUGCCAACGCCGAGAAUGCGGAAGUUUCUCAGGAGAAAUCCUCUGGCAAUAUUAACCAGAGCAUUCCGGGAGUUUUAGGUACCACACAAACUGUUGAUGCAAUUCUCGCGAAGUAG